AUGCUAUUGAGCCGAAAACUGAAGGUAUUUGCGAUACUGACCUUUGUAGGAGUUGGUUUGAUGACAGCGUCUUUUGUUAGUCCAGGAUGGGUCAAUUUUAAUGUGAAUGUCCUUAAAUAUAGAUCUGUCCCUUUGAGUAAUGAGAAUACAUUUGCUAUUAGUUUGCAUAUGACGGCAGGAGUUUGGUUUUACACUAUAUGUGUUUACAAAUUCAAACGUGGUACCAACGAAUACUAUGACGUCUACCCGGAAGCCGAGAAAAGAUGUGUAACACGCCCAAACUCUUACGAGUAUGAACAACGGUUCUCCGACGGCAGUGCGUUUGGACUGAAUAGAGACUUAAUAUGGAAAAUCCAGAUCAUCUCUUCGAUUGGAAUUGCCUUUGCAUUGCUGGGCUUCAUUGGAAGUAUUGUCAACACAAGACGUGUUGGAGAAUGCAGAUGGGCUGGUCUACUGACUUGCAUUAGUCUCUUAAUUUCAGGUGGAACCUAUACCGUAGCGAUAAUAAAGACAGCCAUGGCAACCCCGAUGUCACAACAAGUCUUCUACAGCAGCACGGUUUUUGAAGAUGUCCAGUUCUAUUGUCCAUGGGGUCUCAUUUUGGGAAUAAUUGGGUGUUUCUUUACAUUCGUCUCAGUCUCUGGUCCCAUGGAUGUACUAAUCCAAAAUAAAACACACAAUGACGUAAACGAUUACCAGACGUUGAAAAAUACAAACCAAGGAAUCCUUCAACGAUAUUCCUACCCUAUUAUAGUACCACCAGGAUACCACGAGACGUUUGGGUUGAAAGUACCGAUUGUUAAUUGAUGAC